ACGCGUUUGUGUCAAUAAUAAAAUUUUCAUACACAGUAGACUCAGACUACAGACUUACCCAUAUUCCAAAUCUUUCUCUUUCACAUUUUCUCGAACACUUUGCUAUCAAACAACAGCCAAAACCCAAAAAUCACUUCACAUUAUAAUUCAUUUAUAUAAAUAUAUAUAAAUAUUACUUACCAAAAACCACUUCACAUUUCUCCAAUAUUCUCAUCAAUGGCGGAAAAAGACCAAGUCAGACCCUUAGCUUCAAUAUCUCCAAAUCGAUUUCCCACCGAAGAACAACAACAUCAUCAUCAUCAUCAUCAUCACAACCUUCAUCGCAAAAAAUCCUACGCCAAGUGCUGCGGCUGCAUAACAGCCAUAAUUCUCUUAAUCGCCGUAACUUUCUUGAUCCUCGCUUUCACCGUAUUCGACGUCAAAGGUCCGAUCAUCAAGAUGAUCUCCGUCACCGGCGAUCCACGUCAGCUGGCGAAUUUAGCUGCCGUAGUAGCCGGAUCGUCGAAUCUGACGUUAAUCGCCGAUAUGUCGGUGAAAAACCCUAACGUUGCGUCGUUUAGGUUUGGGAAUACGACAACGGCCGUCUAUUACGGCGGCGCUGAGGUCGGGGAGGGGAGGAAUCCUGGGGGAAUCGCUAGGGCUAGACGGACGAUGAGGAUGAAUCUGACGGUGGAUGUUUCUCCGGCGAAACUUGUGGCGGCGCCGGGGUUUUUGGCGGAGUAUGGAGAGAAAUCGUUGACGAUGAAAAGCUUUACUAAAAUCGAUGGGAGAGUUAAGAUUUUGAAUAUGGUUAAGAAAAAAGUUGUGGUUAGAUUGAAUUGUACUGUAACGUACAACCUCUCAAGCAAUGUGAUUCAACGACAGAGUUGUAUACGACGUGUUAAUCUUUAAAACGACAACGUUUUAAUUCCACUUCACUACUAAGUUGUAAUUGUAAAAAAUAGGGUAAAUAUACUGUUUUAGAUUCUAUGUUUUACCAAAAUUAUGGAUCGGAUUAUCUGUUUUGUUAAAUGAUAAAAUAGACUUUAUAUCUUCAAAAAUAAUAAAGUUAGGACCCCGAGAUUAAUUUUUGA